AUGGAUGACCGCGUACAGCUUGUACAAUCGCACGGCUUUUUCGACAUGUGGGACGCGCCCUGGGCUGCCCUGGUGGCCAUGUUGUGGUUCGUCUUGGUGGGAUUCGUGUUCCUUGGUCUCGUCUGGAUGGUCACCUGGUUUUUCGGCGAGCGAGCGCCUCCAAGGAAGACCAUCAUGGAGCAUGUAGACGCGUACGCCGCCACUCUACGAGGCCUCCCCGCAUCAAGUUCCCCUCGACUUCGCAUGGUGUGACGCCGACUUCAACUUUCAUCACGAUGUCCCUGCAUACUGUACUUAAACUACGCGCUAUUGUACAACUCAACGCUUUAUGUGUUCACAUAUGGUCCACAUAGCACAACUCUCAUCAAUUUC